AUGGCUGAGGUCGUUGGUACAGUUGCAUCUGUCGCUCAGCUUGUCCAACUGAGCGGUGCCCUACUCGCUGGCGGCUACAACUUCCUAUCGAAGGUCGCGCGAGCGCCCAGCGAGAUCCGGAGUCUCCUGACGGAAACCGCGGCCGUCAACAGCCUUCUCGCGCAAUUACAGCAAAUCGCAGAUACAUCGCCCAAAGCAGCUGCAGACGAUGCACUGCAGGCUCUUGAACGGGUUGGUGUCUUUCAAGAAUGCCAGUCCACGCUCAAGUCGAUCGAGCGGGCGCUGGCGAAAUGCGAGCAGGUCAAUGGUCAAGAUGCAAAGAACUUUGGAAGGAGAUUGAUGUGGCCGUUCAAAGAGAAAGAGACCAAAGACGCCCUGCAGAGGCUUCAUCACAUGCGCGGAUUACUUGCGAAUGCUAUCGAUGCCAACUCUGCAUCCGCGAUUCGGCGUAUCGAACUAGGACAAAGCCUCAUAUCAGAUGAGAUGAAGAAUAUGUCUGAGCAGCUUCGUACGCAGAUGAGUCGUGAGGAAGCACAGAAGGUAAUCACGUGGGUCUGUCCAACGCCAUCUGAUGGUGCGCAUGUCAGUCUUGCAAGUGCUUUGAGUCGCCAUAUUCCUGGGACCGGAGAAUGGCUCUUGCACUCAAAGGAGUUCCAAGAUUGGAAACAAUCGGAUUCUGGUACCAUGUGGAUUACUGGUCUUCCCGGAGCAGGGAAGACGCUUCUUUGUGCUUCUAUUAUUCGACAUAUUCAACAGAUGUGUACGGAUACCAGCGCGGUCGUAUACUUUUUCUGCGAUCAUCGUGAUCGUGCGAAAACGGCGCAUGAAAACUUCGCUGCAAGCAUCGUGAGGCAGAUGAUGGAAGCUUCACCAUUGUCUCUCGAACCAGGCAGAGCGCUGUACAAUGAGAAAUCUAAGGAAGGCAGUCGUCCUUGUCACAAAGAUGAGUACAUACCACUGAUCUGUUCGGCAACGGCAUGCCUGAAAGAGGUAUCCGUCAUCGUGGACGCGCUCGACGAGUCCACUGAAGGUGAUGCUAUAGCUCAAAGCCUCACAGCAAUACACAACUCCGGAACGAGCGCGGGCUGCCGUAUCAGAACCCUCCUCACGAGCCGAUUCGAUGCUCGCACUCAAGGGCGAUAUCCAAACCUUGGCAUGACACACAUCGUUCUUGCAGAGAAUAUGCGUCCCGACACCCAGCACUACAUCAAAGAAGAACUUCAAUUGCGCCUAGCCAAGGGUUUAUUGAAAGUGAGGAACAACAGCAUCCUGCCUGUCAUACAGCGGCGUAUUUCCCUCUGCGCAGGCACAAUACUACAGGCACGUUUGCAGAUCGACUACAUUUGUGCAGCGAAGUCGGAUAAGGAAAUCAAACACAUGAUUCAAAGACUACCAAAUGGGCUUGGAUACACGUACCAGAUACUUCUACACAACAUCGCUGCGCGAUACCCAACUAAGAUUCAAGAGGUACGAAAGUUGUUCCGGUGUCUUGUUGCUGCUGCUUCACCCAUGACUGCUCGCCAGCUAGCAGAGGUCUUGGCCAUAGAACCCGAGGAACAUGAUCUGGACCAUGACGCUGUAGCUACGGAUCCGUACGAUAUCCUGGAACCUGUAUCUGCUCUUGUACGCAUCGAAGAUUUGGACGGCCUAAUCAGCGUAGUGAAGCUGUGUCAUUACUCAUUUCAAGAGUAUCUCAGCUCUGAUGAGAUUCGACAAAGCCCAGCUAACAAUUUCUACGUCGACAAGGACGAGGCACAUGCUUGGAUGGCUGGAUUGUGUCUACGAUAUCUCACUUUCGAUGCGUUCAGGAAGCCACUGGACGAAAGUCUGGAUCCGGAUGUCGGUGAGACAUACGUGUUCCGCGUAUAUGCCGCGUUCAACUGGUACAGGCAUGCGACGCUUGCAGGAGACUAUUGGUCAGCGCCAAACACUGCGAUACCUUUCGUGUCUUUGUUCUUCAAUUCUGUGGAGGGGCCACCUUGCUACACAAGAUGGCAGGAUCUGCUUUCGACCACCUACACCGACACCAACUUCUUCGAUUAUUCCCCUAUCUGCUUAUGCAUUUGGCUUGGUUUGAACGACACUGCAAAGAACCUGAUCCAACAAUUACCUAGCCUGGAUUAUACCUUCGAAAACGGUCUGACAUGCCUAGCUGUAGCGGCCAAAGAGAACAACAUUUACAUAGCAAAGUAUUUACUGCAACAUGGUGCGAACGCUGAGCAGCCAAGUUCCGAACCGGAGUUCACAAGAGCUAUGACUCCGAUACAUUUCGCGGCCGAGUAUGGUGCGUCCGAGGUGUUCGAGAUGCUGCUGGAGCAUGGCGCAAAUCCACAUGUACCUUCGACAUCCGGAGCCACUCCAUUCUACCGAGCUUGUCGUGGUGGAGAUCUGAAUAUAGUGCAAAAACUCAAGGAGUACGGUUGCGACAUCAACGUGAAAACUUGGGACAACUGGACACCAACUAUCGAGGCAAUUGCGCAUGACCAUGAAGACGUGUUGGAUCUUCUGAUCGAGUGGGGCGCUGAUCUUUUUACUGUCACGGACAAUGGCAUAACGCCGGCGGCGUUUGCAAGAUAUCUCUGUCAAGGGUCAAUGGCAGUAAAGAUCGAGCGUGCGACCUCUGAAUUGAAGCAGAGUCUUCCUGGCGAUGAGCCUGCAAUCUAG